AUGUCUGAGAAGCCCAUCAUCCGCAGGACAUACGGAAAGAUCUCGAAGCCUUCUUCCUCGAGCUCGGCCAUACUUUUCUUUCCUGAUCCCGUGGGAUCAUCUAGCAACGACAACAGUCAGAAUAGGUCUCUGCUGCUUCAAGACGCAGGUCCUCGUUCAUCUUCACCUUUACUGUCCUCUAUCUUAGGAACUCCAAACGGGUCGACCGAUCGGGCAGAAGAUGUUUUCGCUGCGGGAUCAUCGUCACCAAUGCAGAGGCGUAGUUCACCCUCUCCUCUAUUAGACGAUAUCGAUCUCAAGAAGGCGUCUGGAAUCGCGAGCUCAAUUCUCAGACAGGUGAGCACACAAUCGAGCCUCAAAAGCUUCUUCGGUAUACCCUCAAGCACCAAGCGACCACUCAAACCUACUCAUACGGUAUCAUCUCCCACCACGACCGCACCAGCCUCUAAUGCACGUGCCGAAUCCUCGAAAUCUGCUCGGCAUCUCACUCAGAUGCAUCUCACCCAUCUGCCAUUGUUUCAUACCUGCAAAGAAUGCUCUAUGUCGUAUCUUCGUGGAGGAGGAGAGGACGAAUCGGUGCAUGCGAAGCAUCAUUUGAGGGUUGUUCACGGUAUUCCAUGGGAUGGUCUUGGAAAAUCGUCCAAAGCCUCAAAGUCUGCCUCAAGAGGAGUAUCUGGAUCGUCGUCAGAGAGAUCGCAAGUCAAGUCCGGCGGAUGGACGGUUGUGCAGAGCGAUGUGGAGUUUGGGCAGGGUAAACAGCGAGGCGUGGGUAGGGUGGUCAUGUGCGAUGGAUCAUGGGGAGGUACCAAGGCAAGUCUUCUCGAGAUCUGCCAUAUGGUCGACACUGUGCUAUCUGCACCUGCCCUUCCAACACCAAUCCUCGAUACCUGUAAAAUUUUUCUUUUCCUCACUACCUCACCUGCACCUUCCGGAAAGCGUCUCAGACCGGGAUCAUCUGCCAAAGGUUCAAACAAAGAAAGGAUCGUCAGCGUCGUCGUUGCUCAGCCCAUCAAGACAGCUAUGCGUGUGCUGAAGGAAAUGGAGAGUGUCGAUCAUCAGGUGGACAGUGGUGGUGGGGUUGUAUGCGAUCCAACUCUUCUACCAACGCCUCUAGGGAUCCACCGACUGUUCACUGUGCCGGCGUACAGGAACUUGUCGCUCUCGAGGACUCUCCUGAACGCUGCCUGUGAACACACGAUCUACGGAAUGACCAUAGAUCCGAGUAAAGGCCAUGUUGCCUUCAGCCAGCCUACCGAUAGCGGGAAAAAGGUCAUGCUCAAAUGGGGUGGGGGGUCGAUCAGGGUAUUCGUGGAUGAUGAGAGACAGCUCUAG